CCUGCAAACCCGAGAUACGCAGAGCGCAACGUACCGGGAGGAUUUGCUGUCUGUAGACAUAUGUUACUCUCUGUAUAUGUACCCUAAAGUGCAUGAUUUUCUGUAAAUGGGCACUGUCAUUAAGUGUUUAUCGGAAGGCAUCACUCGUGAAUUAGACGUAAUCUAAUGUUUAUGAAGUGAAGCAUUCGAAACAGAAAUGUUUUGCAAUCGUCUUGUGGUUGAUAAAGUAAAGUGAAGGCGCUACGAGGAUGAAAGUGUCGAUACAUAUGGCACUAGCAAUUUGGAAUAAAAAGUCGACAGAAAAGUGCGAAAUGUGAGCACGUCAAACCAGAAUUCUUGCGGAAUUUAACUGUGUCUCUUAAUACUUUCUGGAAACAUGGCAUCAGGCGGCACGGCACCGGGAACGAAAAGAGCUGCCAGAAUUUACGACCUGCCGGACGAGAUCUUACUGGAAAUCUUUUCUUACCUGUCGCCGGACGACAUGGCGCGGAGCACGCAGGUGUGCGUGAAGUGGCACGGCAUACUGAAACAGGAGGAGCAGCUGUGGAGGCGUAAGGUGUGGAGUAGCAACAGCGUGGACGCGAUGCAAGAGUUCCUGGCGGCCGGCAGCGGCAUUCCCCGCCUGCGGACCCUCCGGCUGCUCUACGACAGCGAAUACAGGAUCCGGGUCGCCUGGCCAGAAGUGACGCUCCACCUCUGUGUUGCCACUCCCUUCCUGCUGGAGCCUUACUUGCGUUCCUUCGACACCGAAAGUCUGGUGGUGAGUGGCGAGCCGGAUCACAGCGGAGAGUAGUUCGGAGUACCCGAACGAGAUCCGUGGGAGUCGGUGACGGGGGACCUUACGGCAGACCUGCCCCACCUUCGCACACUUUCGCUGCUCUUUUCUAGUUGACAACUUCCCGCUGUGCUCCCGUUCCUUCCCUCAGAGCUCUGCUCCUAAAAUGUAGCUAACAAUAAUUAAUUGAAUACGUUUUUAGCAUCGUACUGUUCCACAUUUUUGAUGACCCUUUUGCUAUGUAAGAUUACAAAGUUAGAUCUCUCAAAAUUGGUGUUGGUGCUUUUUGCAACAUUUAUAAAGUAGUAUUUGUGCUGCUUCCAUCCCUCAAAAGGCAUUCCAUAUUUUAAAAUAGAUUCAUAGUAGGCCUAGUUGUGGUAAUCAAUUUUUAUGAUGUCUAUCUGAAUGCUAUAUGUGCAGUUCAGUCCUCUCUACUGGAAGCUGUGGACAUUAAUGUAGUCUUACACUGCAUAUAAUUUUCCAAUACUAAUAGAUGUAAUAAUUGUAGUUUAUUAAGAACAACUAAAGUGAGCAUUCAUCACUAGUCUUAGAAUGUAAGAAAAAAUAAAGAGUUCGGUGGAGAUGGUACACGUGCUGCUUGUGGCUUUUACUCUGCAAGCAAUCGUGGAAUUAGUUGUGAUGGAAAUAAAGUAAAGUGUUAGUUUUAAUUCUGCUUUUCUUGUUGUGCAUCUGACUGUAUAGAUUGUGGAUGUAUAAUAUUUAAUGCUUGUGUAAAAACGCUGUAGUUCUUAUUACUUAACUGUGAAAAAAUGGAAAGUCUCGUAAGGAAAGUAUUAUCAAAAUGGUAGAUCACUGCUCACCGUAAGGAAGAAACGUCGAGUUGCAGACAGGCGUGACGAAAAGACUGUUCACGAGAGCUAUUGGGCGUAGCCUUCUUUGGAAUACUUCCACCCUCACCCACAACCCCUUCCCGUCUCCCGAUGCUGCUCGUGGCAGCCUCCUCUACUCCCAGAACACUCCACCAGACAGCGCAGAGUCCCCAGCUGCACCCUGCUAUCCCUAAACCUUCCGUGCCCCACUCCAUAUUAUUGCUCCCGUUUGAUGCAUUUCUACAUCCCCAUCUACACUGAUACUCCACAAUCCCCUUACGACGCACAUAAGAGGGUAUCCCGUUCCACUACUAGAUAUUUCCGUUUUUUUCCACUCGCAAAUAGAACAAUGUAAAAACUGUCUUCAUGCCUCCACAUGAACCCUAAUUUCUCGUAUCUUAUCUUCGUGAUCCUUAUGCGCAGUAUAUGUUGGAGGCAACAGAAUUUUUCUGCAGUCGGCUCCAAAUGAAAAUUCUCUAAAUGUUCUCAAUAGUGUUUCUCGAAAACAAUGUCUCCUUCCCUCCAGGGAUUCUCAUUCGAGUUCCCGAAGCAUCUCUAACACUUGCACAUUGUUCGAACCUACCAGUAAGGAGUCUAGCAGCCCGCCACUGAAAUGUUUCAAUGUCUUACUUUAAUUCGAUGUGGUAGGGAUCCCAAACAGUCGAGCAGUAUUCUAGAAUAGAUUGUACUACAACCUAUACGCAGUCGUCUUUACUGAUGUACCACACUUUCCUAGAAUUUGACCAAGAAACUUAAGUUGACCUUUCAUCUUUCCUGCCACAAUUCUCACUAUUUCAUAUUGCUUUGCAAUGUUAGGUGCAGGCAUUUAAAUGGCGUGACUGUCACGCAGGAUGCUACUAAUACUUAUCGAAACAUUACAGGUUUGUUUUUCUUUCUUGUCCGCAUUAACUUACAUUUUUCUACAUUCACCACACAAGUAGAAGUUUUGUCUUCAUCGUCUUGUAUCCUCCUACAGUGACUCAGCUUUGAAAGCUCACCCUACACCCAAGCAUCAUCAGCAAACAGCCACAUAUUACUCCCCACCCUGUCCACCACAUCAUUUAUGUAUAAAGAGAAUAAUAGCAGUCCUAUCACACAUCCCAGGGGCACUUCUGUCCCGGGUUCGAUUCC